CUGAAGUGAAGUUCAUAAAGUUAUUCGGCGUAUGUCAAUCAUCCAUCCAAGGCCUUUUAAACGAGGCAGAGUUUAUUUAUAAUUUGACUUCUCGCUCGUUUGAGAAAUAUUACUCAUAAACGUUCUGUUUUCCACAGAAGUUGAAAACUUAAUAUGAAUGUUCAAUGCAGUUGGAAAGCGUCUGAUGGCAGACCAGUAGCUGAUGCAGUUAAUUGGACUGAUGCUGCUGACAUCAACAAUUUUGAAGAUGAAAUCAUGGCUGAAAACUGCAUCAUGCUGGAAGCUCCGGAAAAAGCCGACGGGGCUUACCCUACAGUGCCUGCUUGCCAGUUACUCAUAUCAUGCCAGCCGCCCAAUCAGAUUUCUCAUAUAUCAGUCUUUUGUGAAGCAAGGGUCAUGGAAGUUUAUGGGCAUCAUGGAGAAUACUUGAAAACCAUUCGCACCACACUGUUAGAAGAAGCUGAAGACAUGGUCGUAUUUAAAGGUGAUGUGCAAUUAGAAAGGCCAUUAUCAUUGUGUUCCAUAAAGUUUGCGUGUUUACGAUCUCCAAAUGAAAUGUGGCUCUAUGGAGUAAAAAUACAUUUAUCAAAAAGUGAAUUUGAUCAACAAAACCAGAUGUCAAUCCCACUAGCAGCAGUUGAACAUAGAUUAGCCGAAAUGGGUCUAACUCUUAGUGAUAAGGCUGAAGCGUUUAAACAACUGUUUGAAAAAUGUCAAAAAUCUCCAGUGUUUGGCCUACAAGAUAUUGGUUUCUUUAUUGCAAGCUUACAACAGUCUAAUCUAGUGAAGCACAAAUCUUCCUCCCCUGAAACUUUGCAAGUGUCAAAAACUUUAGACUCUUUAAUGAAAUGUGCUGAUAAUAGAGAUAGUCAAAACAAUGUGAAAGAAGAAGUGAAGGAAGUGAAUUCGAACUAUCAAACAAUCGAGUCGGCUACAAUAUCAACAUCCCCUAUUUUACUCAACAGAUCUGAAACUGGUACUCAAACAGAUGAAGAGUAUUUAAACUUAGAAAACAAAUUGAAGACAUACAUAAAUGAACAGAUAAUGGAAAUGGACAGGAAUAUGUGGGAAAAAAUAAAUAAACGCUUCCAAGAAACAGAAGCUAAGCUUUUGUGUAAACUUGAUGAAAUUGAAUCAUUUGUUAAGCCUCAAGGUGUGAUUAGCAGCUAAUGUUUAUCCUGUAUCGCCAAUCAUUUGUUUUCAAACUGGAUUGUUGUAUUUUAAAAUUUAUUUAUUAAAUUAUAUAUUUUAUUUGUUUA